AAAAACAAAGGAGAGCGGAUCUGACCCUUUGUUGCUACAAAGUUCUCGGCGAGCUGCGAUCGUCCUAUCGGGACAAUGGCGUUUCGUGCCGGGUACAAGCGCAACUCGACCGAGUACUACCGUGCAUUCGCCGGUAAAGUUGCUGCCGCCGGUGGCCGUAGGUCUGACAGGGUGGCGGCGAACUCAUCCGACCCGUUCAAGAGAGGGCCAUGUUCCUUAGAAGACUACAAUCACAACAAAGCAACUAACCAGCUUAAUGCCUGCGCCAAGAAAGUGGUCUCCUACCUAGAGGAGCAGGGUCACAUUGUUGAGAACUUCAAGGGGUUGGACUCCAAUUCGUUUAACCGGCCAGCUGAAGAUCCAAGAGAAAAGUGCAUGUUUACCCAUGCUACUUUUUGUGGGAGUAGCUUGAAGACGGACCGCACGACAGGAAACAAGGUGCUGGUGAAGAGAUUCUUCUUCGCCGAGCUUACCGGAAGCGAGAAAGGACCGGAGAAGGUCGAGAUCGUCGUGGAGAUCACUGGUCCAGGGUUAUCCCUUACAAAUUGCACAUUCUGCUCAGGAAUGUGGCAUCCAAAAGCGGGAGGCUUUUACGGUCUCGAGUCCUUAGAUUAGUCACCGUCAUUGAAGGGAGCAGUUUGGGAUGAUGCCUUGUUCGGUUGAAACCAAGACAACAAGCCUGGACUGGUCGGCGUGUGUGUUAAUUAAAUUAAACUUUUUUCUAGAUGAAUUAAAUUAAUUGUUGGCGGCAGACUAACCAGCAAACUUGUAAUUAGCGUUAGGAUUUAAUUAAUAGAUUAAUUAAAGGGGCAAUCUCUUGAUUGUGCAUGUUCCUCUUGUAUAUAAACCGAGAAUCAUUCAAUGGAACUAGAUAAUUACCCGCA